AUGAGUAGUAGCAUAUCGGAAAAUAUAAAAGAAGAAAAAUUGAAGUCGACGAACCAGCCGGCCCUCAUAUGGGUAUGCGAAAUAUGUGGAAAAACUUUCAAACAUAGGGAUUCACGUCGUCAGCAUUACAAAUCGCACGAAGGAAGUACAGAAUGUCCGAUCUGCCACAAUGUCCUUAGCAGAAAAUACGAAUUGAAAGUUCAUAUGAGGAAGAGGCAUAAUAUAAUUAAAUUCUGA